AUGCCGCUUCAACGUCUGGAGAUCGAAAACUUCAAGUCAUACCGUGGCCAUCAGGUCGUCGGUCCUUUUCACGCCUUCACCGCUGUCAUCGGCCCAAAUGGUAGCGGAAAGUCAAAUCUUAUGGACGCCAUCUCGUUUGUGCUUGGCGUCCGCUCCGCUCAACUUCGUUCCAGUCAGCUCAAGGAUCUCAUCUUUCGAGGUCGCAAAAUGGCAGCAGACGACGAUGACGCCGUCUCUUCGGCUUCCGAUGAUGAAGACCAGGGUGAAGGCACUGCUACCAAAGCCAGCGUCACCGCCAUCUAUCAGGACGCCAAAGGGUACGAGCAUCGUUUUCAGCGCUCCAUCACCAUUUCGGGAGGCAGCGAAUAUAGAUACAACGGCCGAGCUAUCCAAUAUGCGCAAUACAACACAAAGCUUGAGCAGUUUAACAUUCUCGUCAAAGCGAAAAACUUUCUCGUCUUCCAGGGUGACGUCGAAGCCGUUGCUUCCCAGGGUGCCAAGGAGUUGAGCCGCCUCAUCGACCAGAUCAGUGGCUCUCUCGAGCUCAAGGAGGAAUACGAGCGCGCAAAGGAGGCUCAGGAGCGCGCCACUGACAACUCGACCUUCAACUUCAACAAGCGCAGAGGCAUCAACUCGGAGCUCAAGCAAUUCCGUGAACAGAAAAGUGAAGCCGAAAAAUUCGAACGUCUCCAGCAGGAGCGCACACACCACAUCCUCAACCACAUCCUCUGGCGUCUCUUCCACAUCAAUGAGGACAUUGAGCACAACACUGACUUUGUCAAGACCCAAGCUAAAAACAUGCGGCCUUUGCGCACCGAACACAAAAAGGCAGACGACGCCCUCGCGCGCGCACGCAGGGAUCAGGGUCAAACCCAGACGCACAUUCUCCAAGUCGAAAACUCGAUCAAGCGCAAACAACGCGAUGUCGAAGACCUUCGCCCUACGCUUGACGCAUAUCAGGAGAAGAUCGCCAUCUCGCGCAAAAAGCUCGACAACGGUGCACGCUUGACCGAACAGGUCGAACGUGAUUUGCAAAAGCAGCAAGCCAACCUAGCCAAGCUCGAAAGCGAUCGUCAAACCGUCCAACGAGCUGCCGAUCGUGCCGCCCAAGAGCAGCGACUCGCUCUUGAAUCCGCAGGUCUGACGCUCAGCGAGGCCGACUUGGCUGAAUACCACAAUCUCAAGGCGCAGGCCAACCUCGAGGCUGUAGCAGAGCGCCAGGAACUUGACGGUGUCAAAAGGGAAGCUAGGAUCAAAGCAGACGCCGUCAAGGAUCUCGAAGACAAGUCCGACCAAUUCUCAAAGCAAAAAGCCAAGCUUCAGGACGAAGACACAUCGCUCUCGGGGCGACACUCGUCCCUCGAGGAUAAGCGCAACUCUAUCGAUGCUGAAUUGCAGGCCGCUCGUGACGAGCUGAACAAAACGCAGGCAAAGCUCACCGCCAUCAACCAGCGAGAAACCAAACUCAACGAUACCCUCCAGAUGUGCUACACCAAGCUUUUGCAAGCGCGUAACGAUCUCACAGAGGUCGAACGCGAGGCGGCCAUGAAGGAGACCAUGUCCAAGCUUCAGCGCAUCUUUCCUGGCGUCCGCGGACGUGUUGUCGAUCUGUGCAAGCCGGUGCAACGCAAGUACGAUACCUCGAUCGCAACCGUGCUCGGCCGCAACACAGAUGCCAUCAUCGUCGAUCAGGAAAAGACGGCCAUCGACUGCAUCGAGUACCUCCGUAACACACGUGCCGGUCAGGCCACCUUCCUGCCCCUCGAUCGCAUCCAGGCCAAGCCCAUCAACGAUCGCCUACGCAGCAUCGCUAGAGGCGCUCGUCUCGCCGUUGAUGUGAUUCAGUUUGAUGCAUCUAUCGAGAGGGCGAUCCACCAUGCUUGCGGUAAUGCACUCGUCUGCGACACGAUGGACAUUGCUCGCUCGGUCGUCUACGACAAAAAGGUCGAUGCCAAAGCGGUUACCCUUGAAGGCACCGUCAUUCACAAGAGUGGUCUUAUCACUGGUGGUCAAUCGAGCUCGUCGGGAGGCAAGCGAUGGGAGGAGAGAGAGCUGCAGGGUCUCGCUACCCAACGUGACAAGUGUCUUGCAGAGCUCAAGGAGCUGCAAAAAGAAAAGCGCGCCUUCGUUAGCGACGACGAGAUGGUCGCCAACAUCACUCGUCUUGAGGCUGACCUCAAGUCUGCACAGGACGAGCUUGCUGCAGUCAAGACGCGACUCACAGGCAUCCGUGACGAGCUCAAGAACAUUGACAAGCAGACCAAGGAGAUUCAGCCCAAGCUGCGCGCUGCCAAGAACGAGUUGGAACAGGUGCAGCGACACAUGUCUACGCUCGAUGCGGUUGUCAAUCGCGAAGAAGACCGCAUUUUUACCGGCUUUUGCCGCCGCAUCGGCGUCGACAAUAUCCGCGAGUACGAAGAGCGCCAGGUGCGGCUCAUGCAGCGUCAGAGUGAUGCCAAGCUGCAGUAUGAGUCGCAGCUCGCGCGUCUGAAUCAUCAGGCCAACUUUGAGCGCCAGCAGAUCGAAAACACACAAGACCGUCUGAACAACAUCCGCGAGGCCAUCGCACGCGAGCGUAACAAACUCACAUCGUGGCAGGCACAGAAGCAGGGCAAGCAGCAAGAGCUCGACGGCAUGCUCGAAGAGAUCAGCGAGAUGCAGUCGCAGCUGUCCGAAUUGCAGACGCAGAACGAAGCGAAAAAAGCGACACUGGAAGAGAAGCGUACCGAGCUGCACAAAGCUGCGCGAUUGCUCGACUCGCUGUCCAAGGAAAUCGCAGCGCGCAACGACGAGAUUGAGCGAUCCGGAUCCGAGCGAGCGUCAAUCUACCGUCGAUGUCGAUUGGAGGAGAUCGCGCUGCCUUUGCUCAAGGGUUCGCUUGCCAAGGUCGGGCUCGAAGAGACGAUCGACGUGGACCAGCCGAUGGAUGUCGAUGACGACGAUAACACGCAGAAGCCCAUGUCGGCGCCCGACUUUGGUAUUCAGGUCGACUUCAGCAGUCUUGAGGACGAGGCCAAGGAGGACGGCGGUACCAGCAUGGGCAACGAACUUCAAACGCGCAUCGAGAGCAUCUCGGCCGAAAUCGAAAAGAUGUCACCCAACAUGAAAGCGGUGGAACGUCUAGACGAUACCGAAGCUAAGCUUGCCGAAACGGAGAAGGAAUUUGAUCGUUCCCGACGUCAGGCCAAGGAGGCUCGUGACGAAUUCAAUCGGAUCAAGAAACGACGUUGCGAUCUGUUCAACUCGGCGUUCAAUCACAUCUCCAAGAUGAUCGAUCCGACGUACAAGGAUCUGUCGCGAUCCAAGGCGGCACCUAUGGGCGGAUCGGCGUAUCUCUCGAUCGAGAAUACCGAGGAACCUUAUCUUGGAGGUAUCACCUAUUCGGUUGUUCCGCCCAUGAAGCGGUUCCGCGAUAUCACCGCUUUGUCCGGAGGUGAGAAGACUAUGGCCGCUCUAGCACUGUUGUUUGCCAUCCACAGUUUCCAGCCCGCUCCGUUCUUUGUGCUGGACGAGGUGGAUGCGGCGCUCGACUCGCAAAACGUUGCCAAGGUCAGCAACUACAUCCGGCAGCAUGCCAGCGAUCAGUUCCAGUUCAUCGUCAUCUCGCUCAAGGCUUCGCUGUACGAGCGAAGCCAGAGCCUUGUCGGCAUCUACAGGGAUCAGGAGGUCAACUCGAGUAGCAGCUUGACGCUCGAUCUCGAGCAGUACGCCUAG